AUGACCGGAGAGUUUUUAAAAAUAAAUACUCUAUUUAUAAGUUCGAUACUCGGAGGUGAUAUUCCAUACGGUAGCCGAGGUCACGUAUUGACAAGAGCAGAAAGAAAAGAAUAUUUACCCCAUCCGCCGGUGGAUUCUAAUAAAAAAGAUUUUUCCAAUUCGAAUCAUGUCGACUCGACGGGGAGAGAAGUCAACGUUGACGUUGUCAAAAAUGAAAAAGAAGAAGAAGAAGAAGAAGAGGGCGACGACGACGUCAACGACAAGGACGACAAGGAGGAGGAGGAGGACAAGGAAGAAAAUGACGGCGUACCAAAGAUGACACCGGCUCUACGGUGCCAGCAGGUGUCUGUGAUUCAAAGGGCGCCCCAAGCAAAACUCUCACCCAUAAAAACGGAAAAAGAUGACGAAGACAAAGAACCCAUGGACACGGAUGCGAUUCCGGAGCAAGAUGCACCGAUCGAUUAUCACGUACCUAAAAAAUCUCCUCCACCUCCGCCUCCUCCGAGAGUGAUAAAAAAAUACGACAUCAAGAUAUUGAUACCCGUAUUGAAAAAGAUAAUCAUCGAGAAAUACAAGAAAUUGAGUAAAAAUUGCGUCAACGCGGAUUUGAAACUUUCCGAAGAGGAAUUGUUGAGAUUUUUAGAAAGGUUUCACGGUAUACAAAAAUAUUUCGUACCCGUGAACGGUUUAAACAAUCCAUUUUUAGAUCAUAAGAGGCGCCUAACGAAAUCAGGCUAUAGAAAAGAAAUGCUUGGAAAUCCAGCCGCGAAAAUUCCAUCAUUGUUCAACAACGAAAGAUUGAGCAGACAAUAUUUCGAACAGAAAAAUAUUAAGGAGCUACCGUUUUUAAAUCGGAAACCUUCGAGUGGGAUUUUUUACGGUAUGGAAAGGACACAACCGAAUUACAUAUCGGAAAGGGAUAAUUAUUUAACCACGGCCGAGCGUAAAAGGUGCAAUUCGUCUAAUUUUGCCACGGAGACAAGAACUACAACCUCCGCAUUUCCAGUGAGGAGAAACGGUUCGUGCGGAGCUAUAAUGACAGCCGCUGCCGGUCACGGAAGAACGUCCGCUGCCGGAGGUGGAACAUCGGGAAACACGGGAAAUUCGGGAAGCGGUGGCGGUAACGGAGUGAGCUACGGUGGCGGCGGAGGAAAUGAUUCUUCUGGCGGUUUGUCAAGCGGCUCGGGAGGAAGUCUCGGCGGGAGUUUGAAUCCCGGCGGUGGAGGUUUAAAUCCCGGAGGUCCGAAUAAAGGAAAUUACGGUCCUUCGAGUCCGCCGACAGCAUCUCUUCCACCCUUUUACGAAAGUCUUAAAAAUGGAUUUCCAGGACAAUAUUUGGGCAACAGUUUUGCUGUGAACAGUCUAGGCGGUCCGACGUUGCCCAUGGACUGCGACACUGGACAAGAAAUUUUACAAGAAAUGGCUGCGUACGCAUUACCCACGUCUAAUUACGAUAUAGCGGAUAGCAUGAUGAUAGAUUUGGCAACGGGUGCGGUUGUAGAUCCCCUUCAGUUUACGGCCACUCUCACAUUUGCCAGUCCGGCGGAUCACAACGCAUUAUUAGAAACGUUGUCGGAUGCGGCGGAUUUAUUUCUACAACGUUUACCAUCCGACGACGAACUCAAUCAAGUGACCAACAUGGAUGCCAACAAUUUACUAUCUUCCGAACAGGACCUAAUAACGCAACGAUUAGGACUCCUCAACACGGAACUUAAAAUAGAGCCCGAAGAGAUACUCACGCCUAAGAUAAACAACAGCAAACUCGAUAUGAACGCUGUUAAAUUAGCCAGCGAACUCGCAAUACUCAACGAAACCGAUAACAAAUUAAAUUGCAAUUUAAACGACUUAUUAAAAUCGGGAAGGAUGAGCGACAUUAGGCAAAGCUACGGUUCGACGGGAGAAAGUUUGCUCGAAGAUGAUUCUUUGAGUCCCAUGGGUCCAGACAUGAGUCCCAUAGGAUCGAUCGGAUCGAACGGAGAAGUGAACAUGCCCUCUCCGGUUGAGCCCAGCGUGAACCCGUUUCCGGAGCACUGCGGCAAUAGCGUAUUAGGUAUAACGUUGAUCACGUUGAUUGAUGUGGUUUACGACGUUUUCGUUUUUUUAGGUUCCUUGCCAAGAUCAUAUGAUUCUGGUAGAAGUUAUUCAAAUCCUCCUCAGUAUGUAAAAAGCUCAAUUUUCGGGAAUAACGAUGAAUACGAUAGCGAAACUCACAUGCAACAGCUACAAAUACAAGUUCAACUUCAACAUCAGCAACAGCAAAACAACGGUCCCAGCAAUAACACCAACAACAACAGCAGUAAUAUAAAUAAUAAUAGUAGUAGCGGCAACAACAAUAACAACAACAACAACAAUAAUAACAAUAACAAUAACAAUACUUCCGAAUCCGCUCAUUCGUUACUAUCCCCGGGACUAGGUUUCAAUAACGGAAAUUUAGAAAGUCCUCCAAUGUCAAUAACCUCACCUGGAGGUAGCGUAGAUCAUAAUGGUAUCGAAGGUAGCUCCCUUUCAUCUCCCGGAUCGGUAAACGGACGAAGGGAUUCGGCGGGAAGUUGUAGUGAUCCAUCCAACAUUGUACCUCCCGGCCUACAAGUGAGAACGGCUACGAUUCAAUCUAGGCUUGGUCUGACUGGAGAUGUUCAUAUAGAAUUCGUAAAUGGAGGUCACGGUAUAAAAAAUCCUUUGGCUAAUCACGAACACAUACCCGGCCCGGGUCGAGGUCACAUGGACGACAAACAAAAGUCAAAUAAAAUCGCAAUAACGAAAAAAGAAAAUGGAGAAACAAAGUUUUCGUGCAGAGUAUGUUCUAAAUCAUUUUCCCUACAAAGACUGCUUAAUAGACACAUGAAAUGUCAUUCGGAUGUUAAACGCUACCUGUGUACAUUUUGCGGAAAAGGAUUUAACGACACGUUCGAUUUGAAAAGGCACACGCGAACGCACACGGGUGUUCGACCCUACAAGUGCAACCUCUGCGAGAAAAGUUUCACGCAAAGGUGUUCGUUAGAAUCCCACUGUCUUAAAGUUCACGGAGUUCAACAUCAGUACGCUUACAAAGAAAGGAGAACAAAAAUGUACGUUUGCGAAGAAUGCGGACACACGACAAACGAACCGGAAGUACAUUAUUUGCAUUUAAAAGAUCGACAUCCGUACAGUCCGGCAUUGUUAAAAUUUUACGAUAAAAGACAUUUUAAAUUUACAAAUUCAAAUUUUGCUAACAUGCUCCUACAGGUAGGUCCAACCGUGUAA